CGGGCGGGCAGGGCCCUCCACGCCUGCGCAGUGGGGGGAGGCCGGCGCUACCGGGCCGCUUCCCUUUCCCCUUCCGCUUCCCCUUCCCCUUCCGGCUGCGCCGGGGCUCCGGUCAACAUGGCAGCGGCGGGCGGGCGGCGGCCGCAGCAGCAGCAGCAGCAGCUCGUCGGGGCGGCAGUGGUGGUUGCGCUUGUUCUGGCAUCAGAUGCAGUUUUUGUGGAGGAUCUAGAUGAAUCGUUUAAAGAAAACCGUAAAGAUGAUAUUUGGCUUGUAGAUUUUUAUGCCCCUUGGUGUGGCCACUGCAAGAAAUUGGAGCCUGUGUGGAAUGAAGUUGGCAUAGAAAUGAAAAACAUGGGCUCUCCAGUAAAAGUUGGGAAGAUGGAUGCAACUUCCUUUUCUAGCAUUGCAUCUGAAUUCGGAGUGCGAGGCUAUCCAACAAUUAAGCUCUUAAAAGGUGACUUGGCAUACAACUAUAGAGGACCUAGAACCAAAGAUGAUAUAAUUGAAUUUGCUAAUAGAGUAGCAGGACCUCUAAUCAGGCCACUUCCUAGCCAACAUAUGUUCAAGCAUGUGCAAAAGAGGCAUCGUGUACUUUUCGUGUAUGUUGGUGGGGAAUCUCCUUUAAAGGAAAAAUACAUUGAAGUUGCUUCAGAACUAAUUGUUUAUACAUACUUUUUUUCUGCCUCAGAAGAUAUACUACCUGAGUAUGUGAUAUUGCCUGAAUUGCCUGCUGUUGUGGUCUUCAAAGAUGGAACCUACUUUGUAUAUGAUGAGUAUGAAGAUGGUGAUUUGUCAUCCUGGAUAAAUAGAGAAAGAUUUCAAGGUUAUCUUAAUGUAGAUGGCUUUACAUUGUAUGAACUUGGAGAUACAGGAAAACUUGUGGCUAUUGCAGUCAUUGAUGAUAAAAACUCUUCAGUGGAACAUACCAGACUAAAAUCUAUUAUUCAGGAAGUUGCUAGAGAUUAUCGGGACCAUUUUCACAGGGAUUUCCAAUUUGGCCAUAUGGAUGGAAAUGAUUACAUUAAUAGCUUACUAAUGGAUGACUUGACAGUCCCUACUAUUGUGGUAUUGAAUACCUCCAAUCAGCAGUAUUUUUUACCAGAUAGGCACAUUGAGAACACAGAAGACAUGGUUCAAUUUAUUAACAAUAUCUUGGAUGGUACAGCUGAAGCGCAGGGUGGUGAUGGAGUUCUGCAACGAAUCAAGAGAAUAAUCUAUGAUGCCAAGUCCACUGUAGUUUCUGUGUUCAAGAGUUCACCACUUCUGGGAUGCUUUCUCUUUGGGUUGCCCCUGGGGGUCAUCAGCAUUAUGUGCUAUGGAAUCUGCACAGCUGAUACAGAUGGAGGGAUAGAUGAAAAUGAGGCAACUAAAAAGGAAAAUGGUGAUCAGGAGCUCACAGAUGAAGGCAGUGAGGAAGAACAAGAAGAAGAAAAGAAUGAAAAAUAUACAGAACUUUCAGAUGGAGAGCUUAAACAGAAAAACAUAUUGGAAAAGAAAAAAGACUAAAUUGUUUAGCAAAAGAAUUCUCUAGAAUUUCCAAAUAGACUUAUUUAUUGAAGGUAGUCAUUUAUUGAUGAUCUUCAUGAAAGAGGACCUUUUUUUCUGCAUUAUGGUAGUUUUGACUUGCAUGUAUUCAACUCUUUUCAGAUAUUGACGGGGAAAAAAAAUCGAAGUUCUCUUAAUUGUCUUUAAUAGAUUAUCAAAGAGCAGUGUAAACUGAGGGAAUUUGCAGGUAUGACUCUAUGCUAUUUUUUGAAGAGCUUUUUUUGAAUUGUACAUUAGAACAGUGAAAUAAAGAUGAUAUUACUUGACUUUAGUGUAUGUGAUGAACUACUAAUAAUAUAGCCUUGCUAAACACUCAUUUGUAUAAAAUUAAGGCUGGAAACCAAGAAAGAUUGAGACCUGCAAAGAAAGCAUCAACUUUCAGAGGCUGAUGGCUAAAGACAGCUUAGAGUUUUCCAAAAAGUCACUUAUUUUACUGAUUGCACAUUAUUUUGGAAGCAAUGCUUCUUUUAUUUUUAAAUUUUAUAUAAAGUUAAGAGUAAAUUGUUAUGAAUUAGAGGACUGUUUUAUCAUGUAAUAAUAUAUUUACUGGCAGUUAAGAAUGUCUACUUGAUAGAGGAUAUGGGAGUUAUAUGUUAAAGUAAAUCUUUAUUAGAGCUUUAUGCAGCUAAAAGUUACUAGAGAGCUACGUUGUAAGCCUCUCUUUAGAACAGGAUUUCUUGUUAAAUUGUUUUGUGUGGGUAAUUACACACAUUUUUAAUGCAAAUCAUCUUAUCGUAAAAUUUUCUGAAUCCACAGUGCAAUUUGAUGAAUGAAGACUUAAAUAUAAGCACCCUUUAAUUGUUUUGCAUAACUCUAAUGACAAACUGUUUUGAAUGGUGUAAACUUGUUUACAAUGUUAAAGUUAGAUUGUUAAUUAUCUUUGAGGUUGUUAAUGUUAAUACUUUUGAGACUAUUACCUGCUGUGAAAAAGAAAGUUAAUGGAGCAUAACCUUAACAUUCAUAGAAAGAGGGAUAUUUGUCAAUGUAAUGCAUUUUCACUACCUAUUUAGUCAUAAAAGUCAUUUUUAAUACAACCCUGUGACUGUGAGAAGGACUGACUUCUCUCCAGGGUUAAAAUCUUCAAGGAUAAGCUAUAAGGCAGCCUUUGGUGUUGAUGCCAUGGAGAGUGGCAUAGGAGGGGAGGAAAAAAAAAAAGCUUAUGUUGCUUCUGUUCUUCAUAUCCAUGGAGAUUUUUUUUUGUUGUUUUUUGUUAUAGUAUACAGAUUAUCAUGUUGUCUGUAUAUGCCAGCUUGAUCACAGAGGAAAUUACAUGCUUUAGCACAAAAUUAAAGAAUGUUAAAUAUGACUAUGGGUAAGCUUAAAUAGCUUUUAUGUUGGUGUAAACCUUAUGAUGAUAUAAGCCCUAACCAGGGAAAAUAUACCUUUUCUUUUUAGGAAAGAUUAGAAAAUUUUACUCUGUUUAAGUAGUUUGGUAAGAGCUGACUUCAUGUUGCAGUGCAUAGUACAAUAAGUAGAUGCCUCACUUCAGAGAUAUUUGUUAUCAAAUAGUGUAAAGUAAGCCUGGGGAGAUUAGGAAAUUAUUUUCAGAAAAACUCUGUGUCUGAGUUAGUCCAACUUUUUUCUUUGAGUAGGAGAGGAAAGCAUGAGUUUACAGAAUUUUGAAUAGGAGGUGUCUGAUGUGGCUUUUCUUCCUUUUUGUUUUCUGCUUUUUCCUUCUGUGAUUUGCCUUUUUUUUUUUUUUUCAUUUUUUGUUGUAGUAAAUUUGCUUAGUUGGUUGUAAAUAGGAACUUGAGUUUUCUUGCUUUUUAAAACUUUUUUAAAUCUGCAGAAUACUUUGAGGUGUAGUUUUAGCAUACCUUUGAAGAGUGAGACGCUUAAAUGUACUUAGAAACUUCUUUUAACAUUGCAUAGAUGCUUUUGAGUUAUAUUGUAAGAAAAAGAUCACUUAAUGACAAGCCUGUAAAUUUCUUUGGACUUCAGCGCAAUUCAGUGCAGUUCAGUGUGAAUAGUCAGCGUGUAGAACUAUUAAGGAAGUAAGAUGUUAUUUUAUCUGUGAUUUGUCUCUUUUAUAAGGUCUCAAGUACAGAUCAGUUUUGCAUUUAAUUUUGGGUCAGUCUGAACCUGCAGCUUUUGAAUUUCUGUAAAACUGAGGUGGUCUCUGGAACGCUGCUGUUCAUUCUAUUGUGUUUUAAUUUUUUUAAAAAAAGACUUUUUAAUUCUGAAUUCUGCUGUACUGCAAAGAACUGUUUCAGCUGCAAGCCUCCAUUUUUGUGGUUAUUUCUGUUUGUGUUUUGACUGUAAAGUCAAAAGAGCCAAAUACCUUUCUGAGAAAUCUUCUGAGGUAUGGACCUGAAAAUGAUAAAUGCUCUGUGAGACACAGAUCACACUGGGAUCUGCUACAACUGUAAUAUUUAACUGAUAGAGUUAUGAGAAAAGUAUGUCUUGUCACUUGUGAAUUUUAGUAUCAAUCAGAUGUGUACAAAAUGAUUGAAAAUCAAGCUUGAAAUGUACUGUCAUUUUCACCAAAUCUUUCUCCCAGCUAUGUUUAUCAAGGAAUAGGGGAGCAGAAAAUCAUGCAAGUCUUAAACUGGGCCAGAAAAGUGGCAAGAACUUAAGAGGUUUACUUUGAAUAUGCCAAUUAUUUAUAAUGCUAUCUGAGGGGAAUGUGGCAUUUUAUUUUUUCUUGAAUCUCUAAAGGUUCCUUAAAGCAACUUCACUGUAAUAAAUUCUUUGAGUUCAUGAAAUAAUGCUGCUUUUUGGAGUCAAGUGUAAGCCUUUUUUUUUUUUAUAAUAAAAACAUUGAAAAGA